UACGAGGCCUACCACGCGCGCUGGGCCGACGAGCCGCUCAAGGUCUGCCUCGACCUCCGCGGCUUCUACGUGAAGAUCGGGCAGGUCAUGUCCGGGCAGCCCGACCUCAUCCCGGAGGCGUACGGCGACUCGCUCAAGGUCCUGCAGGAGAGCGUGCCGCCGCAGCCCUUCGAGCUCGUCCGAUCCAUCGUCGAAGCGGAGCUCGGC